AUGUCUCUGUUGCUGAUGCGGCAGAGUACAUCUCGGCUGGACUCCCGCACAGUGGAAAUCGAUGACUCCCACGACACAAAUACUCCCGACGGAAGUGCCCUGCAAUCACUUCAAUCUCCUCUAGACCUUCAGCCAGAACCAUCUACAGAGUCCGCGGAAAACGAGACAAGUCCAGCAAUCAGUAUCGACCCAUGGUUCGACAGUCUGAAUGUCUUCAGAAGCCCUGUCCUCAUCGGCGAGGCUGCCGACGCCGCUUUUGCGACUCGAUUUCGCCAGGUCAUCACGGACCCGUUAGCUCCCGAGCCUAUCCACCUCAUACGACUGAAUUAUGCCUCCAACGAUUCCAUGAUGUCGCUGGCUCAUGUCAACACACCAUGGCCAGGGCCUUCUCGCGCGAAGUUUCUGCUUGAGGCUGCUAUGAAGUACAUUGGGCGUUCAUAUCACAUAGUGGAAACACAAGCAAUUACAGAAAGUUGGAAGCAGAACACUCAUGACGCGAGCCCGGAAGCGAUAGUUCUUCGUUGUAGAACUUGGGCCUUGUUUGCUAUCGGGGAGCUUUAUAUCUCUAAAUCCACUGGUGUACACGGUUUCCCUGGAAUGGCAUACUUUGCGCAAGCAUCCAAGGCUUUAGGACACCUUGACGAGCGCCCCGAAGUCGAAACCGUUGAGCUUUAUCUUCUUUUGUCUUUCUACUCCAUGGCCCUAAACCGACGAUAUAGUGCGUACGUCUUUGCGGGUACUGCCGUCCGUGUCGCUGUUGUCAUCGGUCUACACCUUAACAUCCCGGAGUCUCAAUUGCCAGACCCCAUGGUCCGCCGGCAUCGAAAAAGCCUCUUUUGGACGGCAUAUAUCAUCGACCGACUCUAUGCUGCGAACCUAAAUCACCCACCGGCAAUUCAAGAUGAUGACAUUGGUGUUGACCUGCCUUGCGAGCCAUCUGAUUCGACCUCGACAGAUAGCCGCGGUGACUCUGAUUAUCAUGUUGCUGAUAUCAGACUAGCUGGUCUACUCACUUCCAUAAUCCGGUCUGUCUACAGCGUCCGAACGCAAGCUGAAGAACUUACCUCAACAACCGAAUGUCGACCUGUGCUUCGAUUAAUGCCAUUGGGGGGCUCAGUCACACACGGCGUCGGCUCUUCUGAUCAAAACGGGUAUCGGAAGAAACUCUCUGAGUUACUGCACGGCUGCGGCUACAACGUCUGCAUGGUUGGAUCCCGUAGAUCCGGCACCCAUUUUAACAACGAACAUGAAGGCUGGCGGGGGUAUAGGAUCGACCAAAUCGAGGCCAGAGCGAAGCUAUCAGCAGCGAAGUUGUUGCUGCAUGUCUUCGCUGUGAACGCCGGAUCCAACGAUUGUUUACAGGGAUACAAGUUGACAGAAGCACGAUACCGCCUUGUUCACCUCUUGGACACCCUCUGGGUUGCCUCGCCUGGCUCAACCAUUAUUCUCUCAGGCCUACUGGUCAACCAGAACGAGGUCGUGCAGCAGCGGGUUGAGGAAUUCAAUAUUGAGGCGGAGAGACUAGCACGCCAAUUGACUCUUGAAGGCAGGAAAAUUGUGUUCGUCGACUUGCAAAGGAACGACGGGCCCGCCAUGGAAGAUUUGGUGGCGGAUGGGACACAUCCGAACGAUACUGGAUAUGAAAAAAUAGCCCGGAAAUGGCUAGGGGGCUUUCGGGUGGCUGUAAAAAGAGGCUUCUUGCCCCCCGCCAGCGAAUUCCAGAUAAGAUGA